AUGGAACAGAGUCACGUCAGGAAAAGGUGUGGUGAAGCAAAUGCCAGGGUCCAGACAAGGCUUCAAGCGGGACGGGGUGCGCCAGGAGUAGAAGUCGAGAGAGAGCAAGUCAGGAGAAACGCGGAGAGGGAGUCCGUCAAGCAGGAGGUGAAUGAGGACCGAGUGUACGAUUUGGCUGAUGACAAAAAUAACCUGGCCCGGCUGUUCCAGUGCGAAAACUAUUCUGCACUAGCCACAUUAUUGUUAUCAAAUGCUGCUCUGGAUGGCCAACAGCAUCCUGAAGUCAACAGAGAAUCUGUUCGCCGAUACGACGCGCAGCAUCCUGAAGUCAACAGAGAUGCUGUCCGCCGUUAUAGCCUACAACAUCCUGAGGUAAACAGAGAUGCUGUACACCGUUACAGUCAACAGCAUCCUGAAGUCCACAGAGAAGCUGUACACCGUUACAGUCAACAGCAUCCUGAAGUCCACAGAGAAGCUGUUCAUAGCUACGACAAACAAAACGCGGAUGCACGUCGCAAAAGACUUCAAGGAUUUCGUUGCAUUAAUCCUAAGUUAACUGAACUUCGUCAUUUACCAAUUUCACUUGCUCGACUCAUCGUUGCCCACGGGCCAAUGGCACAUUGGAGUGGUGUUUUGUUAUAUAACGUUAACAGCUAUAGACUGAAGAGAACUAGUCUCUGGGAUGAUGACGUCUUUAUCUGCCCUCACUGCCAAGCACCUCUGUUCGAGGAAGAAGAGGAUAGAAAGAAAUGGUGUUGCGGCGAAGGGGCCUACAAUGGAAUGGUAAGAGAGGUUGAGAGUGGGGACUAUCUUAGUACUGACCAUAUGGAUAGGUUCGGAAGCAUACUGGAUGAAAACACUGAGUAUCAUCCUGUAAGCUGUUUGGCCAUUGAUGCAAUGGAAGGUGUUUCGGCUGUCGCUACACCUCACAUACAAAUUCUGUUCUCGGGGAAGAUCGACGCCAGUUCUAUCGGUCAUUGGAUUGUGGUCUUCCACGAUGGCAGUAAUUUGUAUGUGUACGACAGUCUGAACAGUGCCCACCUCACUGCAGACCAAACUAAGCUGCUCUCCCUUCUGUUCCCGGACCUAUCCAUCGUUCCAGCAUUUAUUCCCGUCCAAAGGCAAGAAAACGGUUUUGACUGCGGCGUAUUCGCCAUUGCUAAUGCUACUUCACUUGCCCUUGGCCGGGACCCAGCCAAACUGCGCUAUGAUAUACCAUCAAUGCGCCCCCAUUUGGCUGAAAUGCUGCGCACGGGUAGACUGGAUAUGUUCCCUACGCUAUCAGUGUCCUCUCCUCCUGAGCUAAUAAUCAAAGAUCCUAAUUCUACUUGUUUAAGCAUUGUCGAAUCUUUACCGCCAUUAGAAAUAAGUACCAUGUCCGUCUGUGCUCCAGUUAAAAAGGGGCCGGGUAGACCUAAAAAAGUGAAACGUGGCCGCCCUAAAACUCUUUCAACCACUAAGGAGGAGCAGAUAAAAAAUUCAAAGAAAAAGUACUCCUCAAACAAUCCUCAAGUCAACAGGGAUGCUGUUCAACGUUACACUGAGCAGCACCCUCAGGUCCACCGAGAUGCUGUCCAGCGUUACACUGAGCAACAUCCUCAGGUCCAUCGAGAUGCUGUUCAGCGCUACACUGAGCAGCAUCCUGAAGUUCACAGGGGUGCUGUUCAGCGUUAUACAGAAAAACAUCCUGACACAAAUUUACAAAAAUGUCCUCAUUGUCAUGCAAGGCUGUUCGAUGAAGAGAAGGAUAGGAAGAAAUGGUGUUGCGGUGAGGGAUCUUAUAAAGUCCAUAAUUUACCUCCUCUGGACGCCAGUUUCUAUUCUAACCGUCUGUUCAUCGAACGAGCCCGUGCCUACAAUGACUUGUUUGCCUUCUGCGCUCUCGAGGUGACUGGGGGGUACCGUCAUCCUUCAGGCCUCGCCUUCUUUAAGAUCGAAGGUAAGAUGUACCACCAGGUUCACAGUCUGGACGCUCCAGGUCAAAAGUUUAGGACCAAGGGAGGUGAUGUCCAGUUUGUGAACCGGUGCCGCCUGUACAUAGAUGAUGGCGAGGAGCGCAAAAACAUUGCCAUGGGUAGAUCAUUGAACUCAGAAGUCAUUGAUGAAAUUAAUACAUAUCUUCUUUCCUGUAAUCCUUUCAUCAAUGAUUUCCGUAGAUUGAGUGAUGAGCCUUCAGUCAACGCUCAUUUGGAAUUUGAAGUGACCAGCAGAUCUACCCAUGGCCCUGUUCUUGGAGAUAGGCAAACAGGCAUUGAAGUGCACGCUGUAUUGAGCAAUGAAGACACCAUAACUGAUCCAAGAAAAUUGACCAUCUGGAAGAAGAGUGAUAGGCGUCCGUCUUCCGUUGACCUCUUUAGCCCCUUAAUGGAGCCUUUCCAAUAUCCGUUGCUCUAUCCUCAAGGUAAUUUAGGGUGGCAUAUUGGGCGCUUAGACAACCACGGGGGGAAACUUUCACAAUACAAUUACUCUAGAUGUCUCCUCCUCUCCGAUCCCCGUUUCUCGCAUUUCGGCAGGCUGUCUCAAGCAUGGCAGGUCGAGAUGUUCGCGAGGUACGAGGAGGAGCGUCUAAGAUUUAUUCGUUUCUCCCAAACGCGUUCUGCUGCUCAAAAUUCCUUGAGGAUAGGACCACUGGACGAGCUCCUUGAAGCUCAACGGGGUAGGCAAGCUGGUGGGCAGGUUUUAGGCGACAUCACCCGCGAUGAAACAGUCUUGGGUGAGGGUGGGGUGCAGGCUGGAAAAGUUUACCUCCCAAGUUCGUUUACCGGUGGACCCAGAUACAUGAAGGUACAUUACGAGAACGCAAUGGGCCUUGUGUCUCGUCUGGGUUCACCUACGUUUUUCCUGACGUUCACCUUCAGUGCUACUUGGGAGGAAAACAAGAAGGCCUGCCCUCACAACAGCGGGCGCAGUGACCCCUCAACAGCCUGCAGAAUCUUCCAGAUUAAACUUGGCGAACUCCUCCGAGAUCUGCGCAGCGGAGCAAUGUUUAGCCGUCCGGCACGUGACAUUGACUCCGUAAUACGCGCAGACAUCCCUUCGGAGGAGGAAGCCGCUGGAAGACUCAGGAAGUUGGUGCUGAAACACAUGAUUCAUGGUCCAUGUGGUACUGACCACCGCACCGACUUCCUGUGCUGGGACUCUGCAAAGGGGCACUGCAACAAGUUCUACCCCAAGCCUGCCUGCCAAACCACCCACGUGGACGAGAGGGGGUUCGUCCAAUACAAACGAGACUACACAAACGAAGGCUUUAUCACAUCACGGAGGAGACAGAUCAAAGUGCAUGAUGGCUGGGUCGUUCCGUACAAUUCCGCAUUACUGCUCAAAUACGAGGCGCACAUAAACUUGGAGCUUGCUUCUACUCGUCGCGUAAUCAAGUACCUCUUUAAGUACCUCAUGAAAGGCGGUUCUCUCCAGAACGUAACCGUCACUCCCCUGGGGAAACAAGAGGAUGAGGUCGAGCAUUACGUGACGAAGAGAAUGGUGGGUGCCAGCGACGCAUGCUGGCGUCUUCUCGACUUUCCUGUGUCAAAGCUCGAGCCCACCGUUGAGUGUCUUCCCGUGCAUUUAGAGGGCAAACAAAGUGUUGUCUUUCGGCCGAGACAGCUCUCUGAUGCAGUCACUCAAGCAAGCUCCAAGCUUAUGGUCUACUUCAAUCGCCCGCACCAUGAAACUUUUGACAAUGUCACGUACCAGACAUUUUACGAGAAGUUCAUGGUGCACACUAAGCGCCCACGUACUGCGGAAUUGUACGAACACCCCGAUGGCCAUCACUUUGUAACGACUCGCCAGCGUGGUGAGAAGGUAUGUAGGUUGAUGUGGGUCUCUCCCAACCGAGGAGAACAAUACUACCUUCGUAUUCUACUUAUGUCUACACCUUGCCGUGGUUACGUUGAUCUUCUGGCUCGUGGCGGUCCUGGUUGCCGGACGUUUCAGGACGUAGCCCGCAAUCUCGGCCUGGUGGAAGACGAAGAAGAAUACAAUCACGCGCUGCGCGAGGCAUCUACGUUUAUGACUGGACCUAGGCUCCGUUCCUUCUUCGUGAUCCUCUGCAACAUGGGAGCUCCCGCUGCUCUUCUGUGGGAGUCUUUCAAGAACCACCUUAGCGAGGAUCACUUAGAAAGGAACCCUCUCGACCCUGAACUGGCGGUGAAACUUACCUUGAUAGACAUCGAUCGGAGCCUCCGCCAGCAGGGAUCGUGCUUGAAAGAUCAUGGACUCCCCUACGUCGAGGAUGACACGACUGAGUUAGGUAGAGAGCUACUCAACUACGGCGAGAACCUCCAGCGAACCAUCGUUGAGGACUGGGUGCCCAAACUCUCCCCAGACCAGCGCCGUGUGUUUGAGUACGUUCGCUCUCUGCUUCUCAACCCCCGUGACCGACGCACUUCUAGAAUCAUAUUUCUGGACGGUCCCGGGGGUUAUGGGAAGACCUCUCUGAUUCGUGUCAUCCUUGCGUAUGUCCGUGGUUGUCGACAGGUUGCACUCGCCGUGGCUAGCUCAGGGAUUGCUGCAAGGAACAUGGAUGGAGGAACAACAGCACAUAGCAUGUUCCGACUCCCUCUAGACCUAGGUCACGGCACAGUUGUGUGGAACAUCACCAACGGGUCCCAGCGAGCAGAACUCAUCAGAGCAGCACAGCUCAUUGUGUUUGAUGAGGCCCCGAUGGCACACCGCUACAUCUUCGAGAUGAUCGACAGAUCCCUCCGGGAUCUCAUGAAUAGUAGUGUGCCAUUCGGGAAUAAGAUCUUCAUCUGCUCCGGGGACUUCCGUCAGAUUGCGCCCGUCGUUGAGAAGGCUCGCACACCAGCUGAUGUCGCGUGCGUGUCACUUCGGGCGUCACAUCUGUGGCGACUGUUCACACUAUUUUCCCUGACGACACCCCAGAGAACUAGUGGUUCCAUUGACUACUCCAACUUCCUCCUUGGAGUAGGCAAUGGAACAAUAAAUCCUUUACUUUUUGGAGAAGGCCGCGAGAGAGAGUCUCUCAUUCCCCUCACUGGGGUGAGAUGCCUCACUUCUCUCGCGGACUUAAUAACGGAUGUGUUUCCUCCUGGUGUUCUGCGAGAUCCUGAUCUUUGUGCGAGACGGGCAAUACUCUCAACUCUGAAUGUGAACGUCAAGGAGAUCAACGGUCGCAUCCUAGACCUCAUGGACGGGCGCAUUCAUGAGUUGAGAAGCGCGGACACCGUGGACAGAGAAGACGACGACGGGCUGGAUGUGGACGUAAAUCUCCUCAACCAGGCCACUGGCAAAGGAGUGCCAGAUCACGUCCUGCGUCUCAAGGUCGGCUCCGUAUGCUUAAUCAUGAGAAACUUAAAUAUCGGUGAUGGACUCGUGAACGGCACCAAAGUCAUUGUGACGGCGAUCAGCAGCCGACUGAUCACCGUCAGACUUAUCGGCAACACGCAACCUAUCGGAAUUCCCCGGAUUACGUUCAGGUUCGCGUUUGCCGAAGGAUCGCCGCUCCGGGUUUGUCGCCGUCAGUUCCCCCUCAUGUUGGCGUACUGCAUGACUGGUCACAAGAGCCAAGGCCAGACAAUUGAGUACGUCGGAGUCGACCUGAGAACGGACUGCUUCACUCAUGGCCAGCUCUACGUCCUGUUGAGCAGAGUGAGACGUCCAGACGACAUCGUCGUUCUUGUACCAGACGACAGAAUAGUAGAAGGAGUCGCCUAUGCAAAGAAUAUUGUAUAUGACGAGCUCCUUCUAAACACUGAUUAA